GCUAGUCCUUUAACUCAGGGCCUGUACAUAUGACUUUGCAAGAUGCACCCGAGCAUCUCUCCUUUUUCUUAACCCCCAAAAUGGUAGGGUAUGAUCUCUUGCACGAGACAAGGCAAAGCAUGUGAACGCUCGAUAAUAACUCCACCUGCUAUGUCUCCCAACAUUCUUCAAUCAACCUCCUCAUGACUACUACUUUAUCCAGCUUCAGAUCAUGGGCCUUCGAUUGAUGGGGAUAGCGCAUGCAAAGCAAAAGCUCCGGCGAAGUCUUUCGACAAGAAUCAGAAUGAUUUCAGCCACUAGUGUUGAUGUUCCAAAAGGCCACUUGGCAGUUUAUGUUGGAGAAUUAAGUAGCAAGAAGAGGUUUGUGAUUCCAAUAUCAUACUUGAACCAUCCUCUGUUCCAAGACUUGCUAAACCUUGCUGAGGAGGAAUUUGGAUAUGAUCAUCCUAUGGGCGGCCUCACAAUUCCUUGCAGUGAGGAAUACUUCAUUGGUUUAACUUCAUCUCUAAAUUGCUCAUAAAUAAAUGAAGACUGACUCAGGGAUUGAGUGAGUUUAGGCAAUGAACCUCAGUCCCAUCAAUUUUGUAUUGUGGGUUCUUGCCAAUAUCAUUCGUGUGAUGUCUUGAAAAUUGUAAAGAAACUGUUUAUCAUUAGAUUUCCACUUUAUUAUAUUGAGAGCCUUUUGAACUAAA